AUGGCAUCGUGCACAUCACCUGCUUUGGUGGACACCAGACAGGUGAAGAUCCCCGAUUUCUCCAGCAUUUGCUUGGAUUCGGGGAAAAAAAAACAAGUUCACACCCCUUCGACGGUUUGCCCAACACCUCGCACACCCGUCUCUCCAGCACUAUUACCACCGCUCGCCUUGGAUCUUCAUGAGCAGACCAGCAGCUCUGAAGAUGUACAGCCUUUUUGGUGGCCCAUGUCUGAGGGUGAUGAAGGUGUAUUGAGCUCUCCUUUCGAUGAGCCGCAGGAGGGGAAACAAGUGGUCAAUUUGAGCCAAAUUUCUCGUUCUCAGAACUCGAAGGCUUUUGGAUGUCUUGGCCUUCCGGAUUGGGUCUAUGGGCCGCGUGGAGCGCGUGACCCCGAGUGGGAUGAUGACUCAACUUGCUCCGACGACUCUGAUGGUCCGUCCUGUCAGACCUCGUCGGACUCGCCGGUUGAAAGCUGCUUUGAGUCUCGAAUGCCAGUGGCCAUCCGACCCAAAAGUGCCAAAGCUUCCUGGGCUGAUCUGGCUGAGGAGGAGGAGUUGGAAAACGCCCAGAUGGUGCAGCCGAAGCCACCUACAGCAAAACCCAAGGUGAACUGGGCUGAUCUCCAAGAGGCCUCGGAUGAUGAUCUGCCAUCAUGGAAGUGGAACUGA